UUUAAACUGCAGGGCUCAUUAGGAAAUCUCGGAAGUGCUGAAAGUGGGCACGGUCCAGCGCACUAAACAUAAAAAUAUUUGCUUAUCUUCGCUUUGGGAAGAAUGAACAUUUAUUUAAAACAUUUAAGUAGUAGUUACAUAUAUUUAAAAAGUUCAGCCUGAUGCCAUGAAUAAUCUCGCGACUGGAGGACUCAUUUGAAAUUUCACAAGCCAGAUGGGACCAGAGGAAGGUUCUUAUUUCCUCUUCUGAACCUUGACUAUAAGUUUUGAGCGGGUGGGGAGGGGUUCGUCCUGAGGGGGCAGCUGGUAUAAGUAGCCGUGCGUGGUGAUGGAGCAGCCAGCGGGCAGACGGUUUGGGGAAGCCACACUGCCAGCGCAUUCCGGCCGGGGUCUCUGGGAGGGCCGUAGCAUUUAUACGCCCUCCUUCCUCACUGCCUUACUCUGUCACCGCGGAUUACGCGGGGAAUGAUCAGCAUUAGCCCUUAGCACUCAACAUGCAGGGCAGCAGAAAGGAGCACCUCUACAAGGUGUUAGUGAUCGGCGACUUGGGAGUGGGGAAGACCAGCGUCAUCAAGCGCUACGUGCAGCAGAGCUUCUCCCCCAAUUACAGGGCCACAAUCGGGGUGGAUUUCGCCCUGAAGGUCCUCAACUGGAACACGGAGACCAUCCGACUGCAGCUGUGGGAUAUCGCAGGUCAGGAGCGAUUCGGCAACAUGACCCGGGUGUACUACAGAGAAGCCACCGGCGCCUUCAUCGUGUUCGACGUCACGCGACCCUCCACAUUCGAGGCAGUCACCAAGUGGAAGGAGGACCUGGACUCCAAACUGAGCCUGCCAAACGGCGGAGGUGUCGCGGCCGUGCUGCUGGCCAACAAGUGUGACCAGGGCCGAGACGUGCUGACCAACAACGGCCUCAAGAUGGAGCAGUUCUGCAAGGAGAACGGAUUCGUGGGCUGGUUCGAGACCUCGGCCAAGGAGAACAUUAACAUCGACGAGGCCGCCAGCUGCCUGGUGAAGCACAUCAUCGCCAACGAGAACGACGUCCUGCAGUCUCAGGCGCGGGACGCGGUGAAGCCACAACUGAACGCCCAGACCAGCAGCUCCUGCUCAGGAUGCUUUCGGCUGUAGAAGGGGAGGCAGGACCGCGGGGGCAGGGGUGGGGGCGGGGCGGCCAAAGCUCCACAAGGUGGAGAAUACCCUUCCACAGCCCCUCCAGACCAAUCCUCCUGCCGAAAGCCCCCCCCCCGAAGCCGAACUCCCUUUCACCUACUCAGUGUUUUAACCACAGACUCGAAUAUCACAGCAGCUGGGAUGUCGAUCUUCCUGUUUCUAGACUGAAAGGACGCUUGUAUGACAUGUGAACAUUUUGUUAUCAAGCCGGUAACCUGCAGACACGUCUCCACAUUGCUGUUCUGGGUAUC